UGAGCAGGCGGAUGCCCGGCUGGGUCUGGGCAGAAGUUCCUUCUCACCACCUCCAGGCCUGUCUUCACCACUCGUUCUCAUUCACGACUUUAAGAAUCUGGAAGCCUAGAAUCCAUUGGGAUCCGCAGCCCGUGGACCCCAAUGUUGUGGCUGCAGGAGGGGAGCCAGCAGGGCCUGGGGCUCCAGGCUCUGCCCGAUGACGCUGCUCGUGGGAACAGGAGCUGAGGCCAGGCCAGAGAGGCUGUCUGUCUCCACUCUCCCCACCUCACAUUACCGCAGCCAGAGCUCCACUCCACAAUUAUCUCUUGGCCUCGCUCAUUCUCCUCCGUGGUUGCCUGAUAAAAAUAUCCAACCCCACAUCCUUCUGCUGGAAGCCUCCUUUGGGAUCCAUCGAUGGUGCACUUUCCCGGCCUCCAGAGCAGCUAUUUCAAUGCCUCUGCCACGUCCUCUGUGAAACUUCUUUUGUGCACCUCCUGACUCCUCUGUGUGGGACCUGGCACUGCUCCCUCACGUCAACAGCCAUGUCCCAAGAUGAUCUAAUGUGCACCUGGGAUUUUGGUUUUCUUCAGAACCCUGGAGAUGAAGGGCCUCCUCACACUGGCUUGGUUCCUGGCUUGUAGUGUGCCUGCUGUCCCAGGGAGCUUGCUGCAGCUGAAGGUGAUGAUUGAGAAGGUGACUAGGAAGCCCGCCCUGAUGAGCUAUGGCUUCUACGGCUGUUACUGUGGCUGGGGGGGUCAAGGAACCCCCAAGGAUUGUACUGAUUGGUGCUGUUGGAUGCAUGACCACUGCUACGCGCGGCUGGAGAAAAAAGGCUGCAAUGCCUUGACACAGGUGUACAGAUACAGAAUUGCAUGCGGCCUGGUCACCUGUGGACGUGGGUCCCUCUGCCAGAUGCAGCUCUGCGCCUGUGACCGGCAUUUCGUCUACUGCCUGAAAAGAAACAUGAGGAGCUACAACCCUCUUUAUCAAUACUUUCCCAACUUCCUCUGCAUCUAGUCGCCUCAGUGAGCUCCUCCUGGACCAAGAUUCUUACACCCUCUCCUACAGCACAGAGCUUACCCACUCUGCUGGAAUCCCCAGAGAGGCUCCCAGGUCUGGGACCUCAUUCUUUCUUGAUGUUCCACUGGGCUCGGAGGAGGCCCACAGCCACACUUCAUCCUCCAGAGUUCCAGGAGCGUGACUCUGGUCAUUAGACUUGGCAAGGUCAGGGUCCCCGGCCUCCACUUGUGAGAUCAGCCGCUCUGGUGCCGAAAGCUCGCCCUUCACUCCAGGCCAGCUGUGUUUCUCCUCAUCCCUGAAGACAGCCCUGCUUCUCCAGGAGGGAGGCUUUCCUGGGAUGCAUUGACUUUUCAGUUCUGCAGUUGGGUUAUCACUACCAUCCUGUAGAGAAUUUUCACAGAAGUGGAAGCAAAAGUGACUCCAUAAUUCUGCCACAUAGCUAUUAAAUAAAAUUCCUUCUCAAGACUAAUAAUAACCACACAGGUAUUUCCCCUGCUGUGGAGGAUUGCCUGCACCUCUUUCUCUGCUGUUGGGGCACCAGACCCAGCAUUAACCAUGUUCCCUCAGAGGAAGAAGGUACAGAUUAGUAACUAGAAGGUUUCCUGGGAUGAGUACCGAGCCUUCUUUGGGGCUCAUCUCCUUAAACCUUGGGUCCACUCGAGCCAAGCACUGGACCUCAUUCUUCCUCCAGGGAGCGGGGAGAAGAUGAUUGGCAAUCGUGCCGUCUUGGGCUUCCAGACCAGCGAGCGCCGCAUUUGAAUGCCAACUUGGCUUCUCCAGCUGUGUGGUCUCAGGCGCAUUACUGAACCCCUCUGAUUUCUGGUCUCUUUAAAAAAGAAACUGUAGGGCUUCCCUGGUGGCACAGUGGUUGAGAGUCCACCUGCCGAUGCAGGGGACGCGGGUUCGUGCCCCGGUCCGGGAAGAUCCCACAUGCCGCGGAGCGGCUGGGCCCGUAAGCCGUGGCCGCUGAGCCUGCGCGUCCGGAACCUGUGCUCCACAACAGUGAGAGGCCCGCGUACCGCAAAAAAAAAAAAAAAAAAAAAAGAAACUGUAAUGUUUUUUGCGAUGUAAAUUGGGAAUCCCAAAGCUACCUUGAUGAUGACCUGGCGAUGCUGAGGUUCUGGGAUUUCACAGAGCAAGACAUUAAAAAAUAGAGUUUGGGCUUCCCUGGUGGCGCAGUGGUUGAGAAUCUGCCUGCCAAUGCAGGGGAUAUGGGUUCAAACCCCGGUCUGGGAAGGUCCCACAUGCCGCGGAGCAACUGGGCCCAUGAGCCACAACUACUGAGCCUGCGCGUCUGGAGCCUGUGCUCCGCAACAAGAGAGGCCAUGACGGUGAGAGGCCCGCGCACCGCGAUGAAGAGUGGCCCCCGCUUGCCGCAAAUAGACAAAGCCCUCGCACAGAAACGAAGACCCAACACAGCCAAAAAUAAAUAAAUAUUUUAUAUAUAAAAAAAAAAGUUCAACUAUGGGGUUUAUUUUUACCAAGGAAGGACACUAAAGAGCCCACCUCAUCUAUCUAUUCAUAAAAGAAAGGGUGUUCUAAUACCCAGACUGCAGGAAGAAAGGACAUAUCCCAAAACAAAGGAGAGUCCUUCCAAGAAAGGACAUUUGGCUUCCUUCCAUUGACAAAUCCCAAAAUAACCACAUGAUAAAUGGGAUCUAUAUUUAAAA